AUGGAUGAAGAAACAGCACUGGUUGUUGAAAGCUCUUCACCAACUAACACUUUGAAUCACAAAAGAGAUGUUCAUAUUCUCUGCUGGGCUUUCCUUCUGAUUUUCUUGGCUUAUAAUGCUGUCCAAAACUUAGAAAGUACCAUCAAUACUGAAGGAAGUUUGGGUACCAUAUCACUUGGGAUAUCGUAUGUAUCAUUUGCAGUUUUUUCGGUUGUUGCUUCAUUGGUGGUGAGGAAACUUGGGACAAAGAAUGCUUUGAUUCUUGGUUCCACCGGAUUUUGGCUGUUCAUUGCUGCAAAUUUGAUGCCUACUUGGUAUAUUAUGGUUCCGGCUUCUUUGUUCCUUGGUUUUGCAACUUCAAUGAUAUGGGUUGGGCAGGGGACGUAUCUUACUUCGACCGCACAUAGUCAUGCAGAUGACUAUGAUUUGCAUGAAGGAACAGUGAUUGGAAUGUUUAAUGGAGAGUUUUAUGGGAUGUAUGCAUGUAACCAGCUCGUUGGCAAUCUUAUCACUCUUGCUUUGUUAAGAGAUGGAAAGGGAGGGAAAACCACAGGCACAACUUUGCUUUUUGUUAUGUUUCUCUGUAGCUCGACCGUAGGAUCAAUUCUUAUAAUCCUCUUGGUCAUCCCCCUUCAAGCAUAUUCAGGCUUACAACAAGCAUUUGUAUGGGCGGAGUAUACCAAACAUCUUAUCAAGCCUACACUUGGCGAGCGUGGUGUUGGUGGUGCCAUGGCUGUUUAUGGGGUCUUUGAUAUUAUCUGUUCGGUUGCAGCUGGUCGACUUACCUCGGGUCUCUUAUCAAUUACAAUAAUAGUUUCUCUUGGAGCUUUCAUUGAGGCCAUUGUCUUGUGUUUGCUCCUGCUGAACUACAGUAUCUCCGGAGGACUGCUCAGUACAUUAUACCUACUUCUCAUCGGAGGCAUGUGGGGCAUAGGUAAUGGUGUAUUGAACACUCAGCUAAGUGCUUUUCUUGGAAUUCUAUUCAAGCACGACCUGGAGGGAGCAUUUGCACAGCUUAAUCUUUGUCAAAGCAUUUCAAUUGCAGUUGUCUACUUUUUGAGUCCAAAUAUUUCACUUCAGACAAUGGUUGUGAUUAUGCUCACUGCACUCUGCAUCUCAGUCGUGGGUUUUCUUUUUCUCACACUUAAGAUAGAGAAAGUAUUUUCCCGACAUGCUUCUUGA